GUCAAGUGUUUGUGUCGCAGAACUUGAUCAAGAUUUGAACUCCUCUCUAACCUGGAAUGUCAGAAAUGGGGGAAAGUGGGACAGGGACGAGUUUUUCCGCACCACCCGGUCUUAUCCUUGAAGAUGUAUAGCUCCGAGUGCUUCGGAGAGGUUGAAGGUCGGAGUCAAACAAGAAGGAAAGGCUGGACUGCACAGUAUAGCUCGAUUAGCUAAAUAAGUUAGUCCACAGACAGUGAUCAAGCUAGCUAGAGGUAGCUAGUCAGUGAGGCAAAGUAACGUCAAGCAAGGCUAGCUGCAGUCAUCGUCGCUGGUCCGCAGCUGAGAAAAAAUUGCAGGCGUCUUUCCCGAGUGGCAAGGAGUAACGUUAGCUACCCACUGCAUACAAUGGACCAAACUUUAAACUUUAUUAGUACUGGGUAGCCUGAAGCAACGCUCAGUCUCUGCUGAGCUAGCUAAUUUGUUAUUCUCGGGGUUUUAUUUUAGUCUCAGCUAUAACCGUAGUUACAAGCUAACUAGCUGGUUUGCUGUUUUCAGUCAAUAUACCUGCUCAACUGUCGUUAUCUGUCAGUAGAUACUGAGCUAGCUAACGUUAGCUUUGCUGACUUUCGUUUCAACUUGAACAGCAAAAUACAGAGCGAACUCGCUAGCUUUCUCGGACUGCAAAAUGUUUUCUGUCAAACCUGUGAAACCAACGUUUAAGUCCUACCUUCCUCCUCUACAGACUGAUUUGAGGAAGAGUCCCCAGCCUAUAAAGAAAUUAGAAGCGAAGUUACUUCCAGGGGAGAUUGUGGUGAACGAGGUGAACUUUGUGAGGAAAUGCAUCGGUGCAGAGAGCGGCCGGGAUGAUCUGUGGGGGAAGCUGAUCUGCACCAACUUCAAGAUCUCCUUCAUCACCCACGAUACGCUGCCCCUGCAGAAGUUCCAGUACAGGAGCCGACUGCUUGGAGAACAUGAUAUUCCCCUGGCUUGUGUGGAGCAGGUGGUCACAGUGAACGAUGCAAAGGGGAAACAGAAGGUGCUGGGAUCCAACCAGAAACUCAAGUUCAACCCUACCGAGCUCAUUGUCUACUGCAAGGACUUCCGCAUUGUCAGGUUCCGCUUUGACGAGGCUGGGCCUGAGAGCGCCAAGAAGGUUUGCCUCGCCAUCGCUCACUACUGCCAGCCAGCCGAUCCUCAGCUGCUCUUCGGGUUUGAGUAUGUUGGGAAGCAAUACUACGGCUCCUCAGGUGACCGGGUCAAUGGCGUGGACCAUGGAGGAGGCCUGCAGACCCCCCUGUUUGACCGUCCCUCUGAAUGGGACCGGGAGAUCAAGCGCACUGGGGCAUCGGAGUGGAGGGUUUGCUCUGUCAAUGAAGGCUAUGCCAUCUCCCCAAGUCUUCCUGAGUACUUUGUGGUCCCAGUGUCCCUGGCAGACCAGGACCUGAAGCAGUACUCUGGUUUCUUCGCCACACAGCGCCUUCCUCUGUGGUGCUGGAACCACCCCAACGGGAGCGCUCUAGUCCGAAUGGCCAGUAUCAGAGACCCGGCCCAACAGAGGAAGCUAGACCAGAGGAUCUGCAAUGCCAUCACCAAGAGCCACCCAAAGCGCAGUGAUGUUACCAAGUCCGACUUGGACAAGACCCUUCCAAAUAUCCAAGACAUCCAGGCUGCCUUCGUCAGACUCCGGCAAAUCUGUGUAAUAGAGCCCUUUGAGGAGUCUGAGGAGAAAUGGCUGUCAUCCAUAGAGAGCUCGCGAUGGCUGGAGUAUGUCAGGGCCUUCCUGAAGCAUUCUGCGGAGACGGUGUACAUUCUUGAGGGGAAACGUUCGUCCGUCAUCCUGCAAGAGGAGGAGGACCGGGACCUGAGCUGCGUGGUGUCCUCGCUGGUGCAGCUCAUGCUGGACCCCCACUUCCGCAGUCUGCAGGGCUUCCAGAGCCUGGUCCAGAAGGAGUGGGUGAUGGCCGGCCAUCGCUUCCUCGACCGCUGUAACCACUUGAAGAAAAAUGACAAAGAGGAGUGUCCCCUCUUCCUGCUGUUCCUGGACUGCGUGUCGCAGCUGAUGAACCAGUAUCCGGCUGCUUUUGAGUUCACAGAGACCUACCUGACGGUGCUGAGCGACAGCAUGUGGGUGCCGGUCUUCAGCACCUUCCUCUUCAACUGUCCCCUGCAGCACGCCGAGCACAGCAAGGAAUUUGCCCAGAGUAAGAACAUCCCUCUGGGGGAGGACAAGGCACUGCGUUUCCCCCCAGUGUGGGACUGGUCCCAGCAGUUCACUCUGAAGGACCAGGCCCUGUUCAACAGCCCCCUCUAUGUGGGAAAGGGUGCUACGUGUGUGCAGAAUGGAGCAGUGAAGUCAUUCAGACGCACAAAGAAGAGCUACAGCUCCACCCUGCGGGGAAUGCCCUCCUUCCAGAACGGAAUGGCGGGGGAGCACACCCUCGACUCCCUCCCUCGACGGAACUCCCUGGUUCUCCGGCUCAGGCCCGAGUUCUCCCAGAUGCGGGAUGCGCCAGAGAACCCUUCGGAGCGCUUCUUCAGGGACUGGUUCUCACGGCCGCCGGACCUGCAGGGCCUGCUCCUGCCCCAGCUGCUGCCCUCGCACCUUAAGCUGUGGCGGCUCUACUUCCUGCGCUGGGUCCCAGAGGCGCAGAUCUCGCGGGGCGGCCCCAUCACGGCCUUCCACAAGCUGUCGCUGCUGGCGGACGAGAUCGAGAUUCUGCAGAGCCAGCUGCGGCAGUACAAAGGCAGCACCCCGGCCUCCACCCCUGCCUUUACCCCUGGCACCCCCCAGCCUGAACACCGCAGGAUGUACUUCAAGGCCAGCUCUCCCCAGGACGACGCCUCGCCCCCCGAAUACCUCAGCUCCUCCUUCCCCUUCUCCCCCGUGGGUAACCUGUGCCGGCGCAACAUCCUGGGAACACCCUUCAGCAAGUUCCUCAGCGGGGCCAAGAUCUGGCUGUCUACUGAAACCUUAGCCAAUGAGACUGUCUGAACCUGCUUGGCUGGAGGCUUCAAAGUCAAUCCCAGAAUGCAAUGGCAAUGGGACAGGUCUGACGCCAAGGCCGGGAGCAGGACAUGGGGACUGUGAACGACUUAUUUAGGGAUCUUCAUUCCUGCACAAUAUAAAUCUACAUGGCUCAAAUCGCACAUCUUUUAGGGUAUGCUGAUGUUCUGCUGUGGUUGCUGUGGUUUCAUUCUUUAUUGGUGGCAAAUGUUCUUGCGAUCAGUGUCUGAAGAAAAAAUAUAUUUGAGCUGAUAAGGGUAUAUGGAAAUUGAAUGCAUAGAUUCUGUGGUAGCCAACACUUUCUGAUCUUUUUAUUUUAAAAUAGAGUAGCUUUAUUUUUUGAUACCUUCUGGUAAGGUAUACCAUGUAUUGUAUUCAGAUCUCUACAAUCUGAGCAUCUUCCAAGGGUAUGUUACAGCAUAUGUAAUUUUGAUCCUUUUUAAUUCCUCCAUUAGAGGCUAUGAGAUGCCAAUCAAAAAAAAAUAAUAAUGUACCAAUGAAAUACCUGGGAGACACAUGGCAUCCAUCAUAUUGGGAUGCAGUCCCUCCUUUUGGUUGCUUAAUUAGAGUUCAAAUGUGGUAUACAAACUUGAUGGUUCAUAACUAUGAAGCAGCAUGUGGCUGCAUUUAUACAUUGGUUGCACACCCAUUAGAGGUCAGUAGUAAAAGUGUACUGUACUUGAUGUGUUUAAGGACCUUGAGGCAGGCUGGUUACCUGCCUGAUCAAAAAAAAAACUGCCUGCUUUCUCUGGCUUAGAGUGGCAGAGAAAACGCUGCUAGAAAACCUCAGGGGCCCGCUGCUGGGUGGUCAGGUCUCUGAGGUCCUGUAGCAAAUGUUGGGUCUUGUAGCAGUUUUCUGGUUAAUGUUGGUGAUGUUCAACUGGUGAGGAGGUUCAGAAUGAUCUGGAAGCACCAGGCAUGCUGUGCAGGGAAGGCCACUGUAUCUUGUUAGUUACAGCCUUAUCGUAUUCUUUCCUGGGUCUUCACAUGCUUGAUCCACACGUGAGUCCAAAAGAUAAGACCCAGUUACUAAUGAACCAAAUCCACACAGUCCGUACUGGUAGCUGUUAUGAUUAACCCAUGAUAUAAAUUUAGCUAACAAAAUGUUUCCCAGCUUAACAUUUUGAAAAUGUUCACAUUGUAGUUUGCUCAGAAUUUGGUACUUAACAUUUUUCAGUGAUAUUUGAAUAACAAGUGAUGUACAGUGAUUUAGAAUGAAAUUUGUUAGUUUACCACUAAUUCUUACUGAUGAUGCACUCUGUUGUUAAUGUAUGAAAUUUGUGCCGUUAAUUUGGCACAAUUUGAUGUUGGGCGACAGCACUAAUAUUUAUUUAUUCAGUUAUGCAAUACAGGUAAACCUGGAACAUUUUGAACUCCACUGUGCCUUUAAAGGGGAAUCUGGGCUUGAGCUAUACUGUAUAUUCAAAGUACCUGUUUUCUUCCCUCUUUAUGUGCUUUUCAGGGCAUAAGUUUUCAACUGUCACACUGUGGAGUCCACAUUGAAAGCUCCACUGAUUCCAAAGCUGUACCACCAGAAGCCAUAUUGGAACUGGUGCUCCAUCAGUUCCCCUUUAAUGCAAAAAUGGAAGAAUAAUUUCAUUACCCAUGAUCUGUGGCCUCUGUGUAAAUGGUGUUGAGGUGUGCCUGUGUUCUGGUGACCUAGAAUGCCCCAAGCUAGAAGUGCAGAACCAUUUUUUAUGGGGCCAAAUAGGUAAUAGUUCAGAACACAGGCACUUCCAGUACCCUUUGCAAA